GGGAUAUCUCGUUUCACCCACACGCGCAGACACCCACACACACAUUGAAACGCUAAGCCCUUCAUGAUGCGCGAUGGUGGCAUCCGGUCCCUCAUGAGGCAUCUUCUCCAGCUCCAUUGCGAUGACCCUCAGUUGGUCCGCUUGGCGGCGGCGGCGGUGCUGGCCCGGGACAAGAAGUUGGAGGGCUGGAGUACGAAGGAGAUGGUGAUGAUCCGUGAGGAGGUGCAGCAAAUGGAAGGCGCCUGGCGGCACUUCUUAUCAGGCCCCACCGGUGGCCGGCUGGAGCCACCGGUGGCCGAGCUGGAGCGCCUGGCAGCGCUGCACCUGGCCUUUCGAGAGAUGGAGGAGGCUGUGCUGAAGAGCGCGCCAAUCCCACAUUUCGAGGAGCUUCUCCUUCGUGUUGCUCGGAUUCAGCUGGGUGGCACCUUCUCGUGCCGCCAGGACGUGGAGGCGGCGCUGCUGUGGCCUCGCGCUGGGAACCUCUCGGCCAUCGCUGAGGAUGCCCUAGCCACUUGUCUCAGCUCCAAGCAGAUGGCCGUGGGCGGCGCCUCGCGCGUCGCCUGCCUCGUGGGCGCCAUGUUGUCACCCAAGGAGCUUCAGAACCCCGGGGCUAUCAGAUCAUCUCACCUGGAGGCCUCAACCUCCGGUGCCAUGGUCUGUUGAGGUAGAUGCUCCAGUUUCACAUCCGGCGGGCGGUGUUGCGGCAGAGCCGGAGAAAUCGUUCCUG